GAUAAUGAAUGUAUCUUGUUAAAUCUUGCAUGAACUUCUUAUGAAUAAUAUUAAUUAAUUACCUUUGAACGACCUUCUACAUCUUUUGUUGUACAUAUUAAUAAUGCUCCAUUUUCUUUACUUUCCCAUGUACUUUGUUCAUCCUUCUCACCUACAGAGUUAGUCCCAUCUUUUGAUUUAUUGGAACUCAUGCUUGGCUUUUUUAGAAACUUCAAAAUGCUACUUUCAGUAUUUUUUGCUGGUUUUGUUUCUUUCUCCUUUUCUCCGUUGUGCUCUUCUUUCACAAAACUAUUGUCAUCUAAGUUGUCUUCAAGUUUUGCUUGUUUGUGAGUAUAUUCUUCAUCUUCAGUACUUCUGUCUAUUUGUCUAGUUCUCUUCUGAGGUAACAGAGUUUUAGGAGGAGGAGGGUUAAAUUCAAUUUCAUAUACGUAUUUACCAUAUAACAUUUCUAAGUGGUCUUCAUGUUGACCUAUAAAUUUGACAUCUUUACGAGUUUUAAAGCCAUUGAACCCACAAGACCUUUUUCCAAGCUGCUGUAUAAAAACUUUGUACUCCUGGUAAUCUGCACAGAGUCGUACUGUAAAGAAUAAUGGCAAAUGAUACAUUAUGCAAAGCAUAUUGAUUAUAUAAAUGAUCAGACAAAAAGCUGCUAACCUUGUUGUCUAGAGCAUUGUGAGUCCGUAAUGUUAGUCUCCGGGCAACGUCCCACAAUAACAGGUUUUUGAUGUGGCAAGAAUACAGUUAGUAAUUCUGUAUCAUUACUUUUCAAAUAACAGCUCUUAGCUUCCUCAGUCAUUGUAAUAUAAAAAAAAUCAAUAAUUUUACUCCUCCAAUGAAAUCAACAGAAACAUUCAUAUCUAUGCAAAAAUAAUGUAUAUAAACAUUUACGAAGAGAUUACAUUAAUAGAUAACAUAGUUUUAAAUCAAAAUAUUCCACAAACAGCAAUGCGACGUUUUGUUAAGAGCAACGCAAAAGAUGUCAGGAAGUUUUUUAUGCUAGCGUUAUUUGCACAUUUAUUUAUUAUCAAUACCACUAAAAAAUAUUUUAUAGCUUUUAUCGGAUUUCUUUAUCUUUAAUUCACCAAUUAAUUUCUUUGGGUACAAAUUCUGUCCGACCAUUUUCGCGUUUGUUGUGACAGUCAGAGUAGGUUGGGUCCAACUUAACCCUAACCUUAUGCAACUUCCAGCACGUGGUGUUUUGAUAGAAAGAUAGAAAAACACGUGGACUUAGUCGGGGAAUUUACCUUUAUUAGCAAAUUAUAUUAUGGUUCUAUGAGUGAGUUGUAUAAGUUACGAUUGUGAAAGAAAAUUUCAAAAGAAUGACUACAAACGAAUCCACGGGGGUGGAGAAGAACCCCUAUGCUUACCUGGAUAGAGACGACUUCACGUCAGAGAAGUAUAAGAUUGAAAUACGUGGUUUGCCAAAGUAUUACGGCAUAGGUGAAUUUAAAAAGCUUUUAAAUGAAAAGCUCGAGCUACAAACAUGCAAGGUGAAACCACCAAGAAAGGGCAGUGGAUGGCUCUACGUGUCCUUCAGAAAUGAAGAGAACCGUCAAAAGGCUAUAGAGAAACUGAAUGGGAUUCAGUGGAAAAACUCUAAACUUACAGCACAGAUUGCUAAGCCAGCUCCAGAUCCAUUUGUGAAACGAAGAUUAGAGGAGCAGAAUAUCAAUAAGCGUUUAAAGAUAGAUGACAGUGAACCUAUCUCUGUUGAGGACAGGAUUAAAUCCACCACAACACCAUUGUGGAAUAUGCCUUAUCCUGAUCAAUUGGAGUUGAAACAAAAGGAAAUGAGGUCUAUUCUAACAAAUAUUUGCAAGCAAAUGUUGAAAGACAGCAAGGAUGAUCUUUUAGACUGGUUAAAUUAUCAGAGGAACAAGUAUGAAGGACUGCCCUGCGAAUUACUCCCUAUUCUCAGCACAGACAAGAACACUGAGUACAGAAACAAGUGUGAAUUUACAGUUGGUAGAAGCAUUGAUGGUAACCAAGCUAUGAUAGGAUUCAGACUGUCCAGUUAUGCAGCUGGAUCCACUGCUGUAGGACCCAUAGACGACCUCUGUCACAUUCCCAAUAAAAUGAAGACUGUAGUCAAAAUUCUCGAAGAGUUCAUACGAAACUCUGGUCUGAAACCUUUCCAACCAGUUGACCACAGUGGACACUGGAGGCAAGUUACAGUCAGAUCAACCCUCUCGGGUGAUCUGAUGGUGAUAGUGGGUAUCCACCCACAGGAUUUGAGCCCCGAACAAUUAGAGGAACUAAGGUCACAGCUGAAGGACUUCUUCGAGACAGGAAAGGGUGCAGAGGCAGGGGUUACAUCCUUGCAUUUCCAAAUAAUGAACAAAAAAAGCAUUGAUGGCGAGAAUGGAGACAAUUUCACUCAUAUCUCCGGCUCCAAGUGUAUAGAGGAGACGUUGUUGGGCAUGAAGUUCCGAGUGUCUCCGCAGGCGUUCUUCCAGGUGAACACCUUGGGCGCCGAGGUAUUGUACAAAGCAGCCAUCGACUUGGCAGCACCCAACGAGGACACAGCGUUGCUGGAUAUCUGCUGCGGCACUGGGACGAUUGGUCUGGUGUUCUCAAAGCACUGCGGCGAGGUGUUCGGCCUGGAAGUGGUGGAGGACGCUAUAAAAGACGCUAGGGAGAACGCAGUCGCGAACAACGUGACUAACUGCGAGUUCUUCGUGGGCAAAGCGGAGGACAUCCUCCCUCCAGUGAUCCGCAGGACCACCAAGUCCAACAUCGUUGCUGUUGUGGAUCCUCCACGGGCAGGACUUCAUCAACGAGCUUUGCUGACUCUGCGCAAGGCGAACAAAUUGUCGCGGCUGGUCUACGUGUCCUGCGAUCCGAGAGCUGCCGCGAGGAAUUUAGUGGACCUGGCCAGGCCACCGUCGAAGCAGUACGUCGGCGACCCGUUAGUGCCAGUGAAGGCUGUGGCCGUCGACAUGUUUCCGCACACGAAGCACUGCGAGCUGCUGCUUUGCCUGGAGAGACUAUCCGUAGCGAUGAAAUCGCGUGAUCUGGAGACUCCAGUUACUAAUACAGAGCCCCAUGACUCCAGUUAACGUUGGAGACUCAUUUGAAGUUUUCCACAUGAACCAACUUCAGGAAAUUCGAAAGCUAAGCUUUCUUGUAUCACCUUUUCCAUAUUAGAAAUUAUCUAAAACGUCUUUUUUAAUCUUGUUUUUAAAGAUUAACACGUUGAGUGCUCCAACAAACAUCAUGGACUUCAGACUGUUUUAAUAUUCUCUUUCAAUUAUUUUUCACACUGGACUCAUUAUUAUUAUAGCACCAAUAUACACAAUAAAUACCAGCUGACAUGAAGUUAAUGAGAACUAAAUUCAGCAUUCAACGUGUUGAACCGUCUAUUUUAAACAAAAUGACUCUUGCCAGCACUCGGACUUCGUUAACCAGCAUCCAGCUCCACAGCAACCAAUGUACCUAAAAUUCCAUUGAAUAAAAGCACCGUCCCCCGUACACAGUCUUGUAAUCUGAAUAAUCACUUUAUUCGAUAUAAUAAUACCAAGACCAGCGGUGUGUUUCGGACAUCGAUCGCGUGUCGUGUUCGGAGGACCCUUGUGAGUAGGGGUUGCUCGAGGAGCCUUGACGCACCUCGACACCCUCAUGGGAAACUUCGGAUGGGAGUCGAUGGGGAUUAACACGUUC